UGACGUCAUCAGCGGAACUGGAAAACGGACCCAGCGAACCGAAUAACAGGAACCUGGUCCGGUUGAGUUUCCGGUUCAAGUUCCAAAAGAACUUUCGUGGCCCCUCACGCCGGCUGCUUCUGGCUUCUCUUUUGGUCGGUGAAAUGUUGGCGAAGGGUCACUGUGAUGUUUAGCGGUCGAAGAAUUUUGAUCCGUCUUUCGAAGCGAUCUACGCUUCUCCAGAGAAGAACAAUAUCCGGUAACAACAAGUCAAUCACCAUCUCCAACAACAACGGCAAGGUCAGUUGUAAUAGUACUAAGGAAGUUGAUAACUCUGUUGCUGUAAGUCGCCAGGAUGCCUAUAAGCAAUUGGAGAACCUUGACUUUAUGACUGCUGCCAAGAUGCUUUUUACGUACCCGCCGAAGAAGAAGAAAUUCGGGCUUGAUUUUCAUCUGGUACAGUUCUUCUUUGCUUGCUUGCCUUCACUGGCUGUUUAUUUGGUGGCUCAGUAUGCUCGCUAUGAAAUUAGAAGAAUGGAGGCGGAAGCUGAAUUGAAAAAGAAAGCUGACGAAGAUGCAAAAGCAAAAGAGCUGGAAUUGAUGGCUGAGGAGGAAAAACAACAAGGGACUGAUCCACAACUUUCCGAGGUGAAAGCAAGACUAGAUAAGUUGGAGGAGACCUUGAAAGAAAUUGUGGUCGAGUCCAAGAAACAAUCAGGUGAUGUUGCAGACAGACCAAUCGACAAUGCUGUCAAGAAAGAACCUGCAACAACCAAGUCAGGGACUCCUAACUCUCAGGAAAAGACAACUCCCUCUAAUGAAAGGAAAACUCAAGCAAAAGCAGCUUUGCCUGAUCAAAAGCAGCUAAAAUGUGAUGAUUCCUCUCCUGACGUGAAGAAAUGAUAUCAUUAGCAUAUAUAAUCUUGCGCAGUCAACCCUUUUGAAGAGUCCGAAGUGCAUAGUUUUGCAGAAUAGGGAAAAGCCACUGCUUUGAAGAGCUGAUGCUUCAUUAUUAUUAUUUUCCAAAUCCAGGUGUAUUAGAAGAUAAUUGGGAGAUGUAAUAUUUAUAUGGAUUGAUUGCUGCCAUGUUGUUGCAGGGUUUCUAAGCGGAAAAGCUAAUUUUGGACAA